UACGUCCUUACACCGAGGUCGCCACUCCUUCAUGUGGGGGGAACUCACCAUAUUCUUGUUGGACCUUGUCCACUUGAUCCAACCCCUCCUUGCCGAAGCGUUUCGAAAGGAUUAAGGGGGUGUUCCCGAACGAGGUACUGCCACAGAGCAUCAAGCGUCCAAAAUGGCUUGAGAGAAACAUCCUCGCACAAAGCCCACAGAAGCUCAAGAACAACGGUCGUCGUCAGUCCCAUGUGCGAGAACAGCUCGUAUGCCCUACACGGUGUCGGUGGCAUAAUGAUCGAAGCUCCCGGUGUCGAGGCGCGCGGGCGCAUCACGCCGCAAGACCUGAGCAUGAUCCGCGAAGCGCAUGUGCCAGCGUAUGCGUCGCUGAUCUCCUCCCUCAAGGCGAUGGCGGUUGGUCUGCCCGUCGGUAUCCAGCUCAUGCAGCCGGUUGCAAGGCUUCCACGUGGAGUCCGUACCACUGUGGCACGCGGCAGGCCCGGAAGUGAAGGCUGGCUAAUCCCAAAGAAACUGUCCGCGCAGAACGUUGAGGAGAUCCAGCAAGCCUGUGUCACGGCUGCCGAGCGCGCCUUUGAGAUAGGAGCCAACGUUAUCAAGCUGCACGCCGCCGACGGCUACCUUUUGCAUUAUUUCCUCUACCCAUUCUCCACCGAGCGCACGGACAAGUGUGGCGGCAGCGUUUAG